GCGCUCUUCGCUUCAGCUACGGGACGCGCUCGACGGUGGUAUCGGCGAGGAUUGGAUUUUCUCGGCGCCGCGCUUAGCCGGACGCGUGCUGCGCCUUUCGGUUGGAGCUUUCGCCCGCGACGGGACGGCCCGACGGACGCGUCGCCGUGGUUACGCGGUCAACAAUAUUUUGUUGUCGUGCCCGCUUUCGGGACACGCGAACUUUUUUGUCAUAUUUUUUUUUUCGUUUGGAAGGUGUGUAAAGUUUUCGGAUAAUUAUUGUGCGGUGAUCAAAAGGACAGUUUUUUAAGGUAUAACCCAUCGCGAUGGCCACGCUGCCGUCUCGCAAGCUGUCCGAGAAGGAAUUCCUGCACAAGCCGACGCGGAAGCCGGGCAAGAAGAAGCCCUCUGGCAAAUCGGCCAGGUCCGAGCAGAACAACAACGACCAUCGCAGCCAGCAGCGCGUCAGCGCCGACAACAAGGAGGAGAUGCUGGCCACGUACCAGCCGUGGGUCAUCCAGACCUACGGCGAUCUGGCCAAGACCAAGACCAUCACGCUGAAGAAGUACGCGCGCAUCUUGCGCACGUUACGCGGCGAGGAGAUCGUCAGCGCCGACAACAGCAAGUUCCGGUUCUGGGUGAAGGCCAAGGGGUUCUGCGUGGGCCGGCCGGGCGGGUACGAACCCAAGCCGGCCGACGGGAUCGUGGGACGGUACAGUGUUUGUGACAUGGACGAUGGGAUUCCCCCGGUCAGCGAGAAAUCGACCGGCAGCGCCAAGGACCCGCCGUUGUACGUCCCGAACGCUCCUUUCAAGAAUUCCACCGGGGAUCCCGUGUACAGGAAGGUAGCCAUAGUAGAAAACUUCUUCGAUAUCAUCUACAACGUCCACGUCGAUUUGGAGGGAAGACCCGGGAAGCACGCUGGACAAAAACGGACCUACAGGACGAUAACGGAGACGUACGCGUUCCUGCCGAGGGAGGCCGUCACCCGCUUCCUGCUCGGCUGCAUGGAGUGCCAGAAACACCCUCGGUCGCCGUCACCCACGUCCGUGCUGCCGACGCCCAGCCCCAGCCCCACCUUGCCCCCGGCCGCCGCCGCCGCCGCCCCGCUCCUCCCGGCCGUCGCGACGCCCCUGAGCGCCGCGUCCUCGGGGGACCGGCACGCUCACCAAGAUGACGAAGGUUACUGCGGAGUGAAAAAUGGAGCCAUUUAUCCUGCAUCGGUCAGUCCACCGGCGCCAGCGGAUUCCUCGAUGGAGAGCCAUCAGGAGCGACCGCCAUCGCCGCAGAAGAAGGAGUUGAAUAACAGCCAAAUCUCGGCGGGCGAUCAGCAGCCGCAGAAGAGGUCCAGUAAUCCUUUGGACGUCUGUAACCUGACGUCGAAGGAUCCGCCUCGAAGUCCCUGCAAGCGGCUCUACCAAGAGACGGUGCCUAAGCUGUGGUCGCCGGCGGAUGGUCUGGACAACGACGAGCCGAAGAGGAAGAAAUUGAUUCUCGGUAGCGGAGAUAUCGACUAUUCCCUGCCCAUCACCACCACGUACCUGAAGUACAUGAGGAGUUUGGGCUGCAGGGACGAGGACGCCUUCAAGUUUGACAACAAACACGUGAGUUUUGUC